GUAAGAGCCGAGAGGGCAGGGAGAAUUCUAGCUCACCUGCAGAAGACCCGCACAAGCCCAGCGCAGUGUCCCCCGUGGAUGCUUGGUGUGCAGUCGGUCCGUCAGAAAACGUCGUGCGUGUGUUGACAAGAAAAUGGCUCUGCACGGAUGGUGCGCCGUAGCCCUCCUGGCGAUGUUAGCCCCGCAAGCUCCCUGCCAGGUGCUCCCAGCCACGUCCCAGCAAGGCAUCCUCCCUGCUUCUGCGAGUGGCGGCCCCGUCAGUGCUUUGGAGGCGCUCAGUAUUGGUUUCGAGGUCGUUCAGCAGCGGAGGACAGAGACUCGCUUCCAAGCUGCGGCUGCCGGGGGAUUCGCCUUCGCCCCCCCGCCGAACCAAGCGGGACGUCUGCUCUUCGCCUUCAGGAGGGCGCGGCCGGAGACGAGGCAGGAGGCAGAGUGCACGGGGCGCCUGCUCCUCGAGGCCUCGAAGACGUUUGUGCAAAGAAACCGGAUUCCGCCAAGAAACGUGCGCGAGGCCCUUCUACAGCAGAGCAGCGGCGUGUCUCAGACGGAUUGCCAGCGCUUAGUGAGGCAGCUGGUAGGAUGCGAUUUGGUUGAGCCCCCGACGCCUGUAUGCCCUCGGGAACAAACAAACCAGAUCACAGCGUACGUCGACGGGUCCAUGGUCUACGGGUCGGACGAGGAACAGAGCAGGAACCUCCGACUCAGCAGAGGAGGCCAACUCAACGUGACCCGGAGUUCCAUCCCGGGACACGGCGACCUCCUCCCCUUCCUCCAGUGCGAGCCUGAGGAAGGGAUGGUGACUGGAGGACAGUGCUUCAAGGGAGGUGACGUGCGGGUGAACGAGCAGCCUGGCUUGGCUUCCAUGCACACUCUGUGGACCCGAGCUCACAACACGCUGGCAGCUCAGCUGUCUGUUGUCAAUCCUUCCUGGGACAACGAUAGACUAUAUGAGGAAACAAGACGCAUUAUCGGUGCUUUAAUUCAGCAAAUCACAUACCGAGAUUUCCUUCCAAUCGUGCUGGGAGAUGCACUUAUGAGGGAAUUCGAUCUGUAUCCUCUUCCUGCAGGAUACAGUAACUCAUACAAUCCUUCAAUAGAUGCGUCCAUUGCCAAUGCAUUUGCAACAGCAGCUUAUAGGUUCGGCCACACGUUGGUGGACGAUGUGCUCCGCGGCGCCGGAACCUCCAUACCGCUGGUGGGGAACUUCUUCAACCCGAGGCCUCUGUUCCAGUUCCAGACGAGGCCCUCGGCGUUGCUGGAGGGCCUUGCCUCCGCUAACGCACAGCCGGCCGACGCCCACCUCGUGUCCGCUCUCACGCACAACCUCUUCAAGCAAGAGACAGAGCCCAUCGGGAUGGAUCUGAUGGCGCUCAACAUUCAGAGAGGGCGUGAUCACGGCAUCCCGCCCUACACAGCGUGGAGGAGAGGCUGCAACCUCCCCGUGCCCACCUCCGCCAACGACCUCGCCCAGAUCAUGUCCCCGGCGGUGGCGCAGGUGUUCCAGAGGCUCUAUCCGUCAGUUGACGACAUCGACCUGUUUCCCGCUGGUCUGGCCGAGCAGCCUGUACCCGACGGCCUGCUCGGUCCUACCUUCACCUGCAUCAUCGCCCACCAGUUCGCCAGACUCAAGCGAGGAGACCGAUUCUGGUUCGAAAAUCCUAACCAGCCUAAACCUUUUACUGAAGCACAACUGGCUUCCAUCCGGCGGAUCGGCCUCUCUUCAAUCCUUUGCCAAAACAGCAAUAAUUUAUCGUCUGGAAAUUCAUUCAGCUUAACACACUUUCAAUUCAGCAUGCGUGUAACGAUGCUUCAAUACUUAUACAUUGCAAAAGUCAUUUGUCUUAUUCUUUGCAACGAGCCUCGACCCUGCGCCUCCUUCCCCUCCCUGGACGUGUCUCUGUGGCGGGAUGGAAGCACCAACCCCGAAGCCAACGUAUCCUACAACCGUAUCCGCCGACCCAGCCUCCGUCUUACUACCUCCCUGUUCCCCCACCCGGCAGACCGGAAGGUCUGUAUCAAACACCAGUGUAGGGUGUCGUCGAUUCGGGAUACAGCUGCCCUGCAAUCGCUGUUCGAGCCAGUGCAUUUGGAUGAUGGGAAUAAAAUAGCAGUUUCAGUAAUGUGUGUAUUGCUUAUCCUUUUUUUUAUAACAAAACUAAAGCUAAAACAUGUUCUGAACCACUCAAAAAUUCCAAGAUUUAUAUGUUCCUUUCCUUCCUCAAAAGUCAACUAAUCUAUGUACAUUUUUAUCUCUUCUCUUUUACAAAUUACAUUUUCUUAGGAUAUACUACUGAACUCGAGCCUGAAAAUGCAACACCAAAUUCCACGAGAGAAAUAGCAUUGCAUUCAUAAGAGUGACUUAUUGAUUAUUUAACAUUAUCUGUAGCGUCAACAUUUAAUGUCAACUCGAAUACCUUAUUAGAUUGAAAUGUUAAAAUAUUUAACAUGUCAAAAAUCUCUCAAUAAAUGUCUUAUAAAUAA